UUUAAAAGUUAUUAAAAAUAUUUCAUUUUAUCCAGAAUUUUAGUGGAUAAAAUGUUUCAUGGGGGCAGGGUUGUUUGGGUGUCUAAACCACCCACUCACGGGAGGUGAAAGUCCUCCAACAAAACUUCUUUGAGGAAACUCUCCCUGUCUCAGCCCGUGCGAAGUCCUCGUUAUCUGUCCUCAUGGUAGAUUGUAUUUUCGCCUUACAGCACAUACGCCAGCUAUAUUUUUACAAUUAUUUAUAUGCUCUUUAAACUAAUUGUCUACUCACCCCAUUAGAAAUCUAAGGUCCAGGUCUGUAUUGUUCUCUGUUUUAUUCCCAUACUUUAUGCCUAGUAAGCAAGUGCCUGGCACGUUAUAGAUAUGCAGUAGACGCUUAUUGAGUAAAUGAUUAGAUGAAUGAUUAUUUUUUGGUUAGAAGCCAAUAUUAGGUAUUAAGUCAAGCCCCGCUGUGUAUCUGUGCUUCAUAUCCAGCCAUUGAAGGCUCUGCUUUAGGGCUAGUGAAUUCCCAUAGAACUGUGCCGUGUAAUAUGAUAGCCAUCAGCCACCGUGGUAUUUAAAUCAGUGAAAUUAAUUAAAAUGAAAUAAAAUAAACAAUUCAAUUCCUUAGUCUCACUGGCCACAUCUCGAGUGGCUAGUGGCUAUCCUAUUGGAUGGCACAGACAUGGAACAUUUCCAUUAUCACAGAAGGUUCUACUGGAAAUUCUCAAGAAUUCUGAAGUGCUCUUCUCUCUUCCUCUCUCUUUUUCUUUUGUGCUUGCUCUCUCUCUCUCUCCCUCUCUCUCUCUCUCUCUCUCUCUCUCUCUCUCUCUCUCUCUCAUCCCACCCCUAAACCAAAUACAGGGAUAGUUGUCUUAUUAUUAGUGACUUAAAUGAUGCUUUUGAGCGAGAAGAUGCUGGGUACUUUUGGUGCCUAGCACCAUCCCACUUUUUUCUUUUAAAUUCCUGAGCUGUUGUUUACUAGGACGUUCUUUUAUUCCUGUUUCUACUAAAGCUGAAUGUUACUUGGGUGGAAAGCCUAAUUGCUUUCUUUUCUAGGUCCUUAAACCCUUUGUUAAUGUUUCUGUCUGAGAGUUCCCAAAGCCAGGGUUCUAGGAGAGUUUGGCAUGUCUGAACAACUGAACCACGAAAUAAUGGAGUAGGUCCGGCGGGGUGUGGGAGCAGGGCAUUCUGUCAAUAAAAGAGCUCCCCUCUCCGCACACAUGGCCAGUUAAUUGGCCAUUCUGGGAAAGUAUGGAUGGGGAGGGGGGCUUCUGAGAAUCGCCGGUGACAGUUAAGUGGCCUUUUGUUGACGUCCUCUGCUGAACAACUUUGUUGGAUUUAGUCUCUGCCUUCCCCCCCCCCCCCCCCGCCUCCUGUGGAUUUUCUGUUAGAUUCAUCAUUUACCAUUCACGCAUCAUCCUUCACUCUCUGCUUCCAAUAUGACUGCUUUGUGUGCUGGCCUCCGCUUUAUUCCUGCUAUUCCCAGCCCAUAAAGGGGGCUGUGUGGGCCUUCAGCAGGACUGAGAAAUUGACUCUGCUGUCUGUUGAGGACUAUAAUGAUGGCAGUGACCUUCACGUCUGGCAGAAAAUCCACUACCUGUGCCGGCAUAAUGGCGGCCAGCUGAACAUAGAGAAAAGGGAGUCUUCACUGAAUUCCUUCUCGUGCUAUAUGUAUUUCCUUUGUUCCCCUCUCUAUUCCCUUCUGUCCCCCUUCUCCCCACUGCAACUGGAGUGCUGACCUAAGAUGCAGCUGUGACUAAGAGUUAAUGCUUGGAAAUAAUAAUACAUUCUAUUUUGCAGGCUUUGCCAAGCCCGUUCACCCACGUUGUCUCAUCUAAUACUCCCCCCAACCCCUGUGAGGUAGGGAGGGGAGGUAUUAUUAACCCCAUUUACUGAUGAGUAAACUGAGACUUAGAGAGAUCAGGGCAGUUGCCCGAGGUCUUUUAGACAGGAAGUGAGCCCAUGGUCCCUGUCACUCAACCCGGCGUUCUUUCAAUGGCGUCCACACCCUUAUGUGUAAGGAGGACGUGGCCCAGGGGAAGCGUGAGCGGAUGGGGAGGGAGAAGGAGAGCAAAAGAAAAGAAUUAAAUGAGGAGGGAGGAACGGAGUGGUUUCCUGGGGCCUUCCAGCUACUCUUCUCUUUCUCCGGAGAAGGAGGACUUGAUGUUCACCAGAGGCUGGCCCAGCAAACCUCGAGGGAGGAAGGAAAGCCAAGAGCCUCGUCUUCCUCUUUUCCUCUUUCCUCUUGCCAGGAGGGGAUUUGCCUAGCCGUGGGGAGGGGUGGCCCUAGCUCUGUCAAGGCCCUGUGUGUGGGAGCCACAUGCUGGGUCUCCCCCAGAGAGAACCUAACGCCCCUUCUCGGGCCGGGCCUGCCGGCCUUUAGGUGCUGUCCUGUCCUGAGGCUUCGGCCAUGCCUGCGCACGAAGAAAGGCCUUGAAGCUCGCCUGAAGGAAGGAGCAUGCAGGGGGCCCCUGGAGGAGGCGUGGGCCCUGGGCUGUCCCCUGUGGACAGGUGGACGCUCCUGGUCUUCAGCUUUAUUCUGGCAGCAGCUUUGGGCCAAAUGAAUUUCACAGGAGACCAGGUUCUUCGAGUCCUGGCUAAAAAUGAGAAGCAGCUUUCACUUCUCAGGGAUCUGGAGGGCCUGAAGCCCCAGAAGGUGGACUUCUGGCGUGGCCCAGCCAGGCCCAGCCUCCCGGUGGAUAUGAGAGUUCCUUUCUCGGAACUGAAAGACGUCAAGGCUUACCUGGGCUCUCACGGCCUUGCUUACAGCGUCAUGAUAAAGGACAUCCAGGUGCUGCUGGAUGAGGAGAGAGAAGCCAUGGCCAAAUCCCGCCGGUUGGAGCGUAGCACCAGCAGCUUUAGUUAUGCCUCUUACCACACCCUGGAGGAGAUAUAUAGCUGGAUCGACAACUUUGUAGCCGAGCACUCAGAUAUAGUCUCAAAAAUUCGGAUUGGCCACAGCUUUGAAAAUCGGUCCAUUGUUGUCCUGAAGUUUAGCACUGGAGGACCUCAGCGCCGGGCCAUCUGGAUCGACACUGGAAUCCACUCCCGGGAGUGGAUCACCCAUGCCACUGGCAUCUGGACCGCCAAGAAGAUUGUCACUGAAUAUGGCAAAGACCGCACGCUGACGGACCUACUGAACGCCAUGGACAUCUUCAUGGAGAUCGUCACCAACCCUGAUGGGUUUGCGUUUACCCACAGCAUGAACCGCCUGUGGCGGAAGAACAAGUCCACCAGACCUGGAAUCUUCUGCAUCGGUGUGGAUCUCAACAGGAACUGGAAGUCAGGUUUUGGAGGAAAUGGUUCUAAUAACAACCCCUGCUCUGAGACUUAUCGUGGGCCCUCCCCUCAGUCGGAGCCAGAGGUGGCUGCCGUCGUGGACUUCAUCACAUCUCAUGGGAACAUCAAGGCUCUGAUCUCCAUUCACAGCUACUCUCAGAUGCUCAUGUACCCUUAUGGCCACUCACUGGAGCCUGUUCCAAACCAGAAGGAGUUGAACGAUCUUGCCAAGGACGCAGCGCAGGCCCUGUAUGAGGUCCACGGGAUCCAGUACAUUUAUGGCAGCAUCAGCACCACUCUCUAUGUGGCCAGCGGGAUCACUGUCGACUGGGCCUAUGACAAUGGCAUCAAGUUCUCCUUCACCUUCGAGCUCCGGGACACGGGGCGCUAUGGCUUCCUGCUGCCGGCCUCCCAGAUCAUCCCCACGGCCCAGGAGACGUGGCUGGCGCUUCGGACCAUCAUGGAGCACACCUUGAAUCACCCCUACUAGCAACGCCACCGAGGGCAGAGCGGGAAGGUUCAUUCCCUUCCCCGAGGAUCGGGGCUCCUCCUGAAACCCAAGUGAUGCCUCCUGUUCCCCACACCCCAACCCUGACCCCUUAGGAGAUAAAUACAAGUUUGAACAGGCUUGAUGGCCUCUGGGGCUGGCCACCAACCCCUUUGGGCUCGCAUUGAGGAGGGGAGAGGGGCACUUGAAACGCCUCUUCAGUCCCCAGCUACUCAGGAGGGUGAGGGGCCAGCAGACCUUACACGUGCUCCUCCUGCAAGUGUGGGUCCUCCAGGCCCACGGCAGACAACGCACCUGCUGGGGGCUGCUAGUAGGCACAUUGUCCCCUUGGUGUUUGCAUCCUAAGAUGAUCCUGGGGGGGCCAAUGUUUGAUCAAAAGCAGUGGCUCUCCGGUGGCGACAUUUCCGGCACCUUGAGGGAGAGGUGGGGACAGGCAGGCAGCUUCCUCCUCUUCCUGCUUCAUUUCCUAUGUUGGUAGGGGUCAGGGGUUCAUUUCAGACUCCCCCUCUUUGAAGGUCCCAUUCACCCCCUAAAGGAGAGUGAACAAGUCACCGGUUUGUGACCUGCGCCUCCUGGGCACCCUCGCAGUCUCCGCUGGUCCUGGACAGAGUCACGGCCAGUCAGGGCCAGCACGGCGAAGCCCCACACAUCCAGGGAGGGGAAAUCCUCUUUUCCCCCCCUCUUUGCCACAGUCACCGUGGUUGUCCUGCACUGAGCGGUUAGUCCCGGCCCGGCAUUUACGAAGUAAGCACUUUAUUUAAGGGAGAGAAGGGAUAAUAUUUUGAGAUAGAAGAAACGAGAUGCACCCCCUCCCAAUCCUGAGGUUUCUUUAUUUCUUUCUUUUUUUUAGAUUUAUUUCUUUAUUUAUAUUAUUUAUUUUGAGAGAGACAGAGACAGCAUGAGCAGGGGAAGGGCAGAGAGAGAGAGAGCAUCCCAAGCAGGCUCCACACUUGGCAACGCAGAGCCCGACACGGGGCUCAAACUUACGAAACCACGAGAUCAUGACCUGAGCCAAAACCAAGAGUUGGACGCUUAACCGACGGAACCUCCCAGGCGCCCCUCCUGAGGUUGUUCCUAAUACUUUCCGCCUUCCUCCACCCCCAGGGAGCAGAGAUAGUGGGUCUGUUUGCCCCGCCCUCAGGGCAAGGCAGGUACUCUGAAGAAGCUGGAGGUCAACAGCAACGCUGGGUGGGUCUGUGCACGUCUGAGGCAGAAAGCGAGACUUUCAUUUGCAAGGGCCAGACUUUGGUUUUGUUGCAAAAGAGGAGGAUUGUGGGUACCCGGGAGCUGGCCCCUGCAGGACACAGAGCACGGAGUUUUACUCUAAACCGCACACAUGGAAGAAAGGAGGGUGAAGUGAGAACAAGUCCCUCUUUCCACCCUAAAAGGAGAUAGAGGUUAAAUUGGUAGAUGGAGGGGAUGGGUAGUGAUCGGAACUCUAGGUAAGGCCCAGGUCCGAAAGGGCAAUGGAGGAGCAGAUUAACAAUGGCCGAGCCAAGGGGUCUAGGCAGGUUAUUAGAGUGUACCCACGAGGCUGGGUACACUCUGAGCUGCGUAGCGCUCUGAGCAAAGAAAUGGUGAGGAGGCCUGGGGUGGAAGCAAGAAGGCCGAGCCCGGGGGCCAUGCGGCCAGCGGCCAUGGUGGCACAGUGGCCAUCGACUGGGGAUGCCUGUGCCCAGGACCCGCCAUGCCAUGAGGAGGCCUGAGCAAGUCAGGGUAAUGAACACCUGAAGAACCCAGAUCCUCUCCAGGGGAAGAGCCAAAAGAAGGGAAGCAUCCCGAUUUGCGCUGUGGUUUCUCCCAGGAGGCAGAUUUUUUUUAAAGCUGGAAGUGAUUUGAGCGAGCUAGAAUUUCCAAGCUAAAGUUUUCUGCUAUUAGUGGGAAUAUGAGGCCAUGGGCUAAAUUAGUAUAAGCUACAGAUAAAUAAAGCAAGUUAUACCUUUAUA